AUGCCAGCCAUCUCUUCAUCCGAGGCGAGACUCAACUCUUGGGUCCUCAGAUCACAUUUAGAAGAUUCCAGUCGACUUUCCACACGGCAAGCCGAGGAGCCGACCGGGCCACUGCCUCCCACAUCGCCAAAUUCAGACACCACCUGCAUUGGAUGGGGAUGUCUUACAGAGGCUCAACAGGCCGGAAUUAUCGUCUGCAUCGCCGUGGUCUUUGUUGUCCUUGCAUUCUCUCUAUGGUUCUUCCUCAAGUCGAAGAGAAAGAAGAAGGAAUGGACACAUCAAGAUUUCGUUCUCGUCCGCAAGGCACGCCGCCGUCGGCGCAGAGUUGAUAGCCGGGCCAGCUCCGUCGUUACUCAGCCAUCGAUUCCGUUCCGACAUAACGGCCUAUCUGUUGUACAACAGCCACCGCCAAUUAUGAUCACUCCCCCGACCUUCUUUCAUAUUCCUCCACCCCCUCCACCGCCCGUUCCGGUUUAUGUACCGACGCCGAUGCCGAUUCAUCCGCCUCAAACUAUGUACCCAGUGGUCUACCAGCCGUAUCCAAACCACGGCGUGUCCAUUCAAGGCGGCUAUCAAAACCCGUUUCCGCCUCAGAGAACAUAUGCGGCUCCUGUCGUUCAAGACAGUGGUCAAGGACAACAAGUACCACAGCCGCCUUCUCAAAACAUAUGGUCAACACAACCCUGGACACAUCCUCGGGGUGAUUCGCGUCCACAAGAGGCGUCCAGUGGACGGCCGUCACUCGCCCGCAGGCUGUUCGAAAUCUUCAGCACCCCGGUAGGCAGAGCCUCGACCAUUGCAAGCUCAGACUCCAAUUCUCUGCAUGAGGUGUCUACAAGGGACAGCCAUCAAUCGAGAUUGUCAAUGACGUCCGUCACCGACCCCCCAUCCCCAGAAACACGUCGAAAGCCCGAAGCCAGUCAGAGCGCACAGAACGUUGCCUCUCCCUGCGGAGCUACUGUUGCCAGCGACGACUACGUCUUGUCCGCCGAGCGACCCGACGGCCUAUCGGGAAGAACAGGAAAGAAGCAGGGCGCAACAAUCAAGAAGGACUCAACCGAGUUCAAGACCUCAAAGAAGGUGCACACGACAACUGAGGAAACGAGGAAUCGACAGAAGAGAAAAGAGAAGGCGAAGCUGGACGUCAAACAGGACAUCCCUACCGGUCAAAGCCACCACAGAGAUGAGCCUCGUCACAGCCCUCGCAAGAUCAAGCCAAUGAGAAGGUAUGAGAAGAACCUCAUGGAGGCGAAGAUGGCAAAGCUAAUUAGAGAAAGUGCUCUCAAAACGCGGGCCACGGCCAUCCCGAGAUCCAAGUCAGAGACCUCUCCCCGUAUGACGGGUGCUCUAGGAAGCCCCAAGUUGAGUGAAAAUCACAAAGUCGUCAAACGCAAGACGGAGACCGACAGGGAUGGAUCGCCCAAGAAAUCUCGAAAGGACCCGAUGGAGGUGACGCUUCGCACGGUCGAGAUGGUUGGCCGGCUCUCGACAGGUGAUCUGAGUUAUCCCAUACAAGGGACUCACAGCAACCAGGUCACUCCUCAGCGAGACCCUCCGAAGAUCCAGGAGUACAGUACACCGUAUCACAAUGAGUCGGAUAGCACUGAUGAAUUUGACGUCGACUCGCCGCCGCCUUCUCCACCAAGGCCAGUUCAUCAAGGGGGCGGUCGAUACGCACCAGACCAGCUUCGCCGUGUGGCAUAG